AACGUACAUGAGUACGACGAAGAAGGUGGCGUCACUUUUUAAACGUCCACUGACUCUUCCCGUCUACAUUCGAUAACAGAACCCGCCAAACAUAUUCGUUACCGGUACUGAAACAGCCACAAUUGUUUUUCGAAGGUUCAGUCAGUGAAUGCGUUUGCCUGACUUCGGUGUAGGCAGUUCGGGUUCAGUUGCCAUUCAGUGACUCUGCAAUUUCUAAGGAAUGGGCCAAGACAGUAUUCAGAUGAAGAGGCAGGGUGCCGACAACUUCACGGAAUACUACAACUAUGCCUGCACCCAACAAGGAUCCACCCCCCUCGCUGUUGUGAAAAUGCACAUAGACAAGGGCAUCCUGGAUUUCAAUGGAGACAGGGCCAAACUCGCAGAUUGGUCCCCCAUCCUGGACUCCAUCUCAAUCAAUAAACACCUUCACCACAUUGCAAUUAUUAGCACGUUCCAAACAAGCCACGGGUGUGGAGAUGCAGAUAGAAGGUACUACAAGUCACUGUUCAGGAAAAAGGUCCCAGCUCUACGUUCUAAAGAAAUAACUUUCAAGUUUUGUAAGGCCCUGAAGGAGUGUCUGUCCAUCUCUCCCAACUUGAAGAUAUUAAAGCUUAAUGGGCUGCCGCUGAGGAGUAGAGACCUUGUAAAUUUGACAAAGGGUAUAGCAAAAAGUGUUUCCUUGGAAGCUCUUUCUUUGGCAAAUUGUCCUAUUGCUGAUGAGGGCCUGGAGGUUAUUUGCCAAAGUGUGAAAUACUCUACAAGAAUCAAAGAAGUAGAUUUUUCAGGGUGCAAUAUUACGUGGAGGGGAGCUGAGCAUCUCGUCAACAUCAUACAGCAUCAGGGAAUACAGAGGCAUGGUUCCGCAUGGGCACAAUCCUUGCGGUAUCAACAGCCAAAAUUUGAGGGUAUGGGUGGUCUCCGACGUCUCACUCUCAACUGUAACACUUUGAUCGGGGACCUGGGUGCAGCUCGUCUGGCACGUGAACUGGCCGAAGACGUCUGGCUUAAAGCUGUGGACCUUCAGAAAUGUGGCAUUUCCAAUCGAGGAGCUCGUUGUCUGCUGGAAGUUCUGAAGACAAAUUCUACUCUAUGCGUGCUGGACAUCCGGAAUAAUCCUUUAGUUGACAAUGCCAUAAUUAAGACCAUAAUAGAGAAAGCACUAAUGAGAGCUGAAGCACAAGCACCAGAGUACAGCUGGCUCACGCCAGCCGCCAAAGAGCCACCGAAAGCUUCUGCUUCUAAGCGGCAUGUGUCGUCUAGGGCGUCAACAGAGAAAACUGCCCCACAGAAAGUGACCUCUGUUCGAAACGAAAGCUCAGUCUCUAGUCAGCUUCAAAAGGCUGCCACCCGCUGCAGACAUGGGCCUCAACAUUCAGCUGCACGUGCUGGACGCCAGCGAGGCUUUCCUCCUGCAGAUGCGAAGAACUGUAGUUUCCUGGUAAGGCCUCACGAAGCCAGUCAGCUGAAUCUUGGAGGCCAAGCAGCGUCCACUGUGAAGGUUACAUUUGCAUCUGGUUCGGAGGAAGAGGAGAAUUGUGACGAAGAAGAGGCUGAAGCAGUGGUGGCAGGGGAUCAAAAAAGAUUACAUGGAAGCCGCCAGGACAGUGACGUUGAUCGUCGACUGGAACGUAUGCAGAUAGCGCUACAGGAAUGUCGUUUGAGAUUGGGAGAGGAGCGCAGAGCCAGGCUCAAAGCGGAAUCAUAUCUCAGAGAGGUUGAGCUGGAAAAUGCUCGUCUUCGUGAUAACAACCUCGCGCCGCCUAACUUCAGCGCCCUGGAAGAUGAAGAUGUUCUGGAGAGCAUUGAACGCUCCUUCACCAAGUUCCACGCCUUCCUGGAUCUCGUCAAGGAUGCUGGCCUAGGUCAGCUAGCAUCAAUGGCUGGCAUUGAAACAUCAGAUUUCCCGCCUUUGGGAAAACCGCAGCUCUCCUCCACACUUGGACCUGAGACCCAACGGAAUGGAGCAGCAUCAAGUGUAUGCCAUUAUGACGAUAUUCGUACGCAAAAUUCAGCCGCUGCUGCUCACCCUGAUGGCAUAGGUGACAUCAUUGAGACCCCCAUAUGUGCCUCUUCUCUCAAAAUGCCAUCGCAUCGGGAGGGACCACUGGGCAUGAACUUCAGAAAGGCUGCUGAAGCACAGGUGGACUUAAGCGUCAUAAGAGAAGAGGAGUCGGAUCAGUUCUUUAAACCCGAAACUCAGUAUGACUCCGGUUCAGAGCACAGCUUCCAUAGCCAGAGUUCCCGUCAUGAAAGUUGUCUGGCUUCAAGAAACAGCGGUUCCCAUCGUCCUUCUGGUCACAGCAAUUCUGCUCAUAGCCAUAGUUCUAACAGCAGGUGGAGCGCAGGCGAUAUCUUUAGAAACUUAACAGGUAACCAAGCGCACUCGCCAGGCUCGCAACAGCUGGGUGUCAUACAACGAUCUGGGUCAGAAACGUCAGAGGAGGAAAUCACCUCUAUGGUGACUUUGCAAGGAUACCCAGAUGGUGGAUUUUUUUAGAAUGUCCAACAAUCGAAGCUAUUUUUCAAGUUUUCUGUUCAGAUAGUUGCAAAUCUCUAUUAAUACUCACUCAGUGCCAAUGAUGACGAUAGACGUCAAAUCCAUUUCAACUGCUGAAUAGAUUGGACAACCGUCAAAUUUUACGACACAUCUAUUACCGUCAGUGGCAGACCACGAGUUGGCCUUGUGUACACACUUGGAAUUGAUCGUAGCGGAGCUUUAGAUACUUCUAUACCACCACGGAAGAAAACAUACAAACCUGUCUUUGUCACUGAACUGGUGUGUCUCCUAUAGAACCAGCUUCCUGAUUUAGACUGAAACUUUAGCACUGUUUAUCUGCAAACCCAAAUUCUUCUUCUUUAAUAAAACAUUGUUUACAAUGACUUUAUACCAUUAUUCCUGCUUUUGUGUCUUAAUGCCUCGAGUGACGAGCAAGCUCAUGUUCUAACUAUAGUGUAUGGCGAUCACUUUAACAUGUGAAUUAUCAAAGAUCCCACACUUGUUUGCGUGUCAAGACCUGUCAAGCUUACUGUUAUCAUGAGCGACCACAGUGCCAGACUCUACUUUGUACUUUCACUCUCUGUGGGAAAACUGUACUCCUGCUUUAUGAUCUCUCCUCAGACUCUGCUGAUAGGUUGUGGCAUUAUGGAGUGAGAACAGUCUGUAAACAGAAGAGGGAACAGUAAGAUCGAACAAAAGAAACACAGUGGGUGACAAUACACGUGACAUUUUUUUGUAAACAGUCUGACUGUGAUAAUGUCCUUUCUUAGCAAAUUAUACCACAACGGAAGGCUGUUGAUUUUUUUUUUUUUUUUUUUUUUGUGGACACUUUCAGGGACAGUGGUCACUCACUGCAAUGGACAGAUUCAAAAGUUGAGACUUAAAGGUAUGACUGUAUACAGAUUUUUUUGUGUUAAUUUAAAAUACUGUACCUUUCUAUUCCAUGCAUGCUCCCUCUAACAAUGCCCCGAUAAGUACACAGAGCCCUGACAUUUUAAAUGAGAAUAAAUAAAUAAAGGAGAAAGGG